AAGAGAUGCCAGUUGUUAUCCAAGCUUCCUCGUAGUUAACUGAGCUGCCCAAACACGACCUUACGGCUUAAAACUCCCCUCUCUUGUCUCUUUCACCGCCACUCCUCCCACGCGCCGCCGCAGGGAUCAAGGCGCCUCUCCUCUCUUUUCACCACCUCUCAACUGCUAAUCAUCCAGGUCUUUGGCUAUGUUGAGGACUUGGUUUUAAGUUUAAUUAUACGAGAACCGAAGUAUAAGUAUACAAAUGCGAGUAAUGCAGGAAUUUUGUCCCAGUGCAAACGAAGCCGUGGCUACUGAUGCCAAAAUGCUAGAUUUCUAGCCUGCUUGCCUUAGUCUGGUGUUUGUGGUGGGGGGAUUUGAUGUAGGUGCAGAAGAUCUCUGGUGAAGGGGCUGGUUUUUAGAGACAGACAUAUAGUCGGGGAAAAGGUUUUCAACGCCCUUUUCCCAGACAUGAAGCUUCUUUGUUAUGGAGAUGCUACAAACUUGUUUUGCGGAAAGAACCUAAGUACCUAACCCAAUAAAGAAUUGUGUUUGGAUUUGAGGAACUGGAGGGAUAUAAAGAAUUGUGUUUGGAUUUGAGGAACUGGAGGGAUGCUAACUUCUACUGGGGAAGUAUAUCAUAAAUGUCAGUUUUACUUCAGCAUUUCAAAUGGAUGAUCAAUGGUUUCAAUAAAUCAUCAUCAAUGGGUCCUAGGAGGUUGAAUGGUCCUGAUGCAAAGCCCUUACAUCAGCCAAAGUUCCUUCAGCCUCAUAAGUCUCCAUUGAAUCCUGUCAAUAUCAAACACAAUAGCGAAACACUUAAAUUGCCCCAUUUAGGGGCUAUACAUGAGAUUUCCAUUUACAUCCAUCGAUUUCACAACCUUGACUUGUUUCAGCAAGGAUGGUAUCAACUUAAGAUUACGAUCAGGUGGGAAAAUGAUGAUUCUGGCUCCUUUGGAACGCCAGCAAGAGUCGUCCAAUAUGAAGCACCUGAUUUGGGUUCUGAUGAUAUAUAUGGUGUCUGGAGAAUUGAUGACACUGACCAUAGCUUUUCAACACAACCUUUUCGAAUCAGAUAUGCGAGACAGGAUAUACUUUUGGCAAUGGUGGUCUCUUUCAACUUAUCUCUCAGUAAACUUGAGGAUCCUUCAACCUCUGCUGUCAUUGUGAAGUUUGAGCUCUUGUAUGCGCCUGUUUUGGAGAACAGGUUUAACGUUGAUGCUUGUUUGGAUACAUCCCCUGCUGCAGUCCAUGAAUUUCGACUCCCCCCUAAAGCUCUUUUAGGAUUGCAUGCUUACUGUCCGGUUCAUUUUGAUGCAUUUCAUGCGGUAUUAGUUGAUACAAGUGUACAUGCCAGUCUGCUGAAAAGUGAGGUUCACGCUUCCUCGCUGAAGGUACCCAGUGAUCCUAUAGCUGACAAACAUGACCUUGCUGUGGAGCACAAUAAAUCAAAGCAAGUUUUGCUUCUGAAAGCAUUAUCAAGUGCUCACGACAUACUUCUAGAAGAGCUACAAAAGCUCAGCAUGGCUAUUGAUGUACCCAUUGAAAUGGAAGAUAUUUCAUCUAGCAUAUUAUUCGGUUUCGCUCAAAGAUCUGAUCAGGUCUUGGCAGAUGCUGAAGUGCCAGUGGACGUUUCAAGCAAACCCCUAAAAGUUUCACAGAAACAAAAUGGCAAAGUUGAUUUUCAGCACGAUGAUUUUCUCUAUUCGUUCUCUGAAGAAAAGCUGCUCAAGUCAUUCGAUUUGAUCGGCAAUCAAGUGAAUUACUUGUGGAGCACGUUUUUCAACUUCCAUAGGGCUAAUGCGAAGAAAAUUCUUGAAUCUCUUUGCAACCAGUGGGCUGUUGAUCGUAAAGCUGAAUGGUCAAUCUGGAUGGUUUACACUAAAGCUGAGAUGCCUCAUCAGUAUAUAAGCAGUGUAGCAGAUGAUUCCGCCAUCCGUGGAUUACGUGGUCGAGGACGGAAGUUAACUGGCGAUCCUGCUCAGACUGCUGCUAUGAGGGCAGAGCUUCAUAGGCGAAGUAUUGCACAAAUGAGGAUCAAUAAUCGUUCUAUUCAAGACUUGCAUAUAUUUGGAGACCCAUCACACAUUCCCAUCGUGAUUGUAGAACGAGUUGUCAAUGCACCUGCUCGUUCAACCAGUGGAAAUUUUUAUUUCAGUCAACAAGACCAGAAAUACACAAAUGGCUUUGUUGCUGGAGUUGACGCUAUCCCCUCAAACAAGCUAUCUGGCACCACUCGUCAAACUGGUCGUGUCCUGAAGAUUGUAGUUUUUGUCCAUGGAUUCCAGGGCCAUCAUUUGGACUUGCGGCUUGUUCGCAACCAAUGGCUUCUGAUAGACCCAAAGGCAGAAUUUCUUAUGUCGGAAGUCAAUGAAGAUAAAACAUCCGGAGACUUUAGAGAAAUGGGUCAGCGGCUAGCACAAGAAGUUGUAUCUUUCGUGAAAAAGAAAAUGGACAAGGCGUCUAGAUCUGGGAUCUUGAGAACAAUCAAGCUUAGCUUCGUUGGACAUUCGAUCGGGAAUAUCAUUUUAAGAACUGCACUUACAGAGACAAUUAUGGAACCAUAUCUGAGAUUCCUGCACACGUAUGUCUCAGUAUCCGGCCCACAUCUUGGUUAUCUUUACAGUUCAAACUCGUUAUUUAACGGGGGUUUGUGGCUCUUGAAGAAGCUCAAAGGCACACAGUGUAUUCAUCAGCUGACUUUCACAGAUGAUCCUGAUCUGCAAAAUACUUUCUUAUACAAACUGUGCAAGGAAAAGACGUUGGAGCAUUUCAAAAACAUUAUUCUGUUAUCUUCACCUCAGGAUGGCUAUGUUCCAUAUCAUUCCGCGAGAAUCGAGAUGUGCCCUGCAUCGUCCGGAGACUACUCGAAGAAGGGCAAACUCUUCCUUGAGAUGCUAAACGAAUACCUGGACCAGAUACGAGCGCCUUCCUCCGAGCACCGUGUGCUGCUGCGCUGCGAUGUCAACUUCGACAUCUCCUUGCAGGGAAGAAACUUGAACACCCUGAUCGGACGUGCCGCUCACAUCGAGUUCCUCGAGACGGACAUCUUCGCCAAAUUCAUAAUGUGGUCCUUCCCAGAACUGUUCCGUUGAUUCGCUGCCGGGUUAGGGUUCCAAACGAAAUCCCUCCUCCUGAAUACAGUGUCUCAGGCAUCCGAGCUGUAUUCAGCGCCAUCCGACCUCCGAUUUUUUUUACGCGAGGGGCCAAGUGUCACCGGAUCUUGGGGAUGGCGCGGUGUGGAAGCCCUACGACGCGACGCGCUCGUCGUCGGCAGGUACAAGCUGCAGUGUAAAUUAGUUUUUUCUGUAAUCCAAUUCAACUAGAGACCCACCCUUGAUCAGAUAUGUAUCUUUAUCUAGCAUGGUUAAUUAAAACAGUUUGUUUAGAGGUAAUUUAAAGCCUAAAAAUUGUACCAUAGACUUAGAUAAUAGUACUUAAUUGAUGAUAUAGUUAAUGUAAAGCUCCUUUGAUCUGUAUUAUAACUACAUUAUUAGUUGGUUGAUAAUGUGCAGUAAUAGAGUCCCAAACCAUUUUCUUUGCAA